GCGCAGGAGGCGCCAGGAUGAACGUGACCCAAGCGCGGGUGCUGGUGGCGGCGGCCGUGGGGCUGGUGGCGGUGCUGCUCUACGCCUCCAUCCACAAGAUCGACGAAGGGCACCUGGCCGUGUACUACAGGGGAGGAGCUUUACUAACUAGCCCCAGUGGACCUGGCUAUCAUAUCAUGUUGCCUUUCAUUACUACGUUCAGAUCUGUGCAGACAACACUGCAAACUGAUGAAGUGAAAAAUGUGCCUUGUGGAACAAGUGGUGGGGUCAUGAUCUAUAUCGACAGAAUAGAAGUGGUCAAUAUGUUGGCUCCUUACGCAGUUUUUGAUAUUGUGAGGAACUACACAGCAGAUUAUGACAAGACCCUAAUCUUCAAUAAAAUCCAUCAUGAAUUGAACCAGUUUUGCAGUGCCCACACACUUCAAGAAGUUUACAUUGAAUUGUUUGAUCAAAUAGAUGAAAACCUCAAGCAAGCUUUGCAGAAAGACUUAAAUGUCAUGGCCCCAGGCCUCACCAUCCAGGCUGUGCGUGUUACAAAACCCAAAAUCCCAGAAGCCAUAAGAAGAAAUUUUGAGUUAAUGGAGGCUGAGAAGACAAAACUUCUUAUAGCUGCCCAGAAGCAAAAGGUUGUAGAGAAGGAAGCUGAGACGGAGAGGAAAAAGGCUAUUAUAGAAGCAGAGAAAGUUGCACAGGUGGCAAAAAUUCGAUUUCAGCAGAAGGUGAUGGAGAAAGAAACUGAAAAACGCAUAUCUGAAAUUGAAGAUGCAGCAUUCCUGGCUCGAGAAAAGGCGAAAGCAGAUGCCGAAUACUAUGCUGCGCACAAGUAUGCCACCUCAAACAAGCACAAAUUGACCCCGGAGUAUCUGGAGCUCCAAAGAUACCAGGCCAUUGCCUCUAACAGUAAGAUCUACUUUGGCAGUAACAUCCCUAGCAUGUUUGUGGACUCCUCUUGUCCUUUGAAAUAUUCUGAUCAAAGGACUGGAAGAAAAAGCUCACUCCCCUCUGAGGAGACACUGGAACCCUCUGGGAAGAGCCCCAUCCAAAACAAGGAGAGCACAGGUUGAUGCAAGAGGUGGAAAUGUUCUGCCAUACCGAGAUGUGGCCCAAGGGGUUAAGUGGGAACAAUGGCUACAAGACUCUUCAGAUUUACAGAGAACCCGAGUUCCGUUCUGCCACUCCUUUGGUCAUCCUCAUGUACCAGCUGGUUGCAGGACAGAGCCAGCUGCUGACACCCAAAGGGACUCUGCAGCCACAGUCUUAUGAAAUAUCCUCUCUGUGUUCCUUUCUAAACUGGUACUCAUGAAUGAGGGAAAAUCUGAUGCUAAGAUACUGCCUGCACUGGAAUGUUCAACACUAAACCUAAAGCAAGCUCUGCUUUUCUAAGCUAAGAUCUAUUGAAUAAUGUUUACAUGGGUCCUCGGGGAAAUGUGUGCUCAGCCAUUCACGAGAGGCCAGUGUGAAGACAGCGGGAUAUGGUAAGUGAAGACUGACUGACUCUGUCUAGAUCCAGAUCUAGAUCUAGAUCUUGCGGUCUGGUCCUGAUAUUCUGCUAUGGCAUUAAAACUAGACCCCUGAAGUUCCCUUGGAAGUGAUGUUUCUUUUGAGCAACCAUUUACUUGAUAUGAUUUGCACCUUUUGUUUUCCUUCAGCCAGUAGCCAGUUUGGUGGCCUGCUGGGACAUGUGCUUUGUCUCCUAACCAGAGAUUCCUCAUAGAGAUUUCUAAUCACUAGAUUAUUGUGUUUGUCAGCUCAGAGAUAGAGCUUGGUUUGAAGUGCUGGGUAAGAUGAAACCUUUGCUUUGAGCCAAAGCUCUGGGGUCUACUUUCCCACUUGGGUGGUGACUGUCUGCCUCGAAGCUCCAGGCCGUUGUGACUAUGGUGCCUGGUUUUAACCAUAGCCAGCUCCUUUCAUGUCACUUCCCAGCUCUGGCUGGCCAAGAGCAGGACAGGACUUUGAUCCAGAACAGGAGCGCAUCCAAUUCCUCGCUGUUUACUGCACAGUAUUGCAUCAUAUUUACAGGAAAUAUUUACUUUUUAGAACUGGAUUUGGGGUAUGUGCAUUUGCCCCACCACCUCAGGCUUCCGUGGUUACUAGCACACUGAUCCUCCUUAAGAUUGUGCAUCAGGAGCCUCCAUAGUUCGACACAAUCACUUAAAACGUUUUAACCUGUGGCCGCCUUCAACCAUCUCCCUCUGUCCUGGCCCUGAGAUGCUGGAAUCAAAGCUUUUUCUUCCAGCAUUCACCUUCCCGGGGGUCUUGAAUCCACUGACACUGACAGCCUGGAAUUUUACUCUUCAAUGAGAGGUUGGCAUAGUUGGCCUCUGGAAUAUAGGAGACUUAAUUCAUUCAACCAUUUUCCCAUGAGGCAAUUUCCCGAGACAAUGUGCUCAGGUGCCUCUUGUGUGCACAAUACUGAAAGAUAGAAAAUAUGGGACCACUUUGAGUCAGUUGGUCAGUCUUGCCAUUCUCACGGCAACAUGUGGCUUGUGCCAAACACUUGGUGGGAAAAGAAGUCCCAGGUCUGGUGGAUCUUUUUUCUUGGGCCUUAGACAAUAGACACAUUUUUAAUAUGGAAAAUAGUUUUUUUCUUUUUUGCUCAUUUAAUGAUACACAAGAAUUUUGUGUUCCAAGCCCUCCUUUAAAGUACUUAUAGAAUAUAAUCUCCACCUGUCAUUGUUGCUGCAGAUGAAUGAUUGUUGUGGGAAGUCUGAAUUAUUGACCUUUGUGCUUUUAUUCCUAGAAAUGUUUUCUAUUUACAUGAGCUAAAAAGCUGUUGCCCCAAAGUAAUGGAUGUGGGUUUUCUUACAUGCCACAGCCCUGGUGGCAGAGCUGAGGAACAGGGAAAUAGUGUGAUACAUUAAGGAAAAAAUACUUCAACUUCACUCUCUCCAGAGUCUGAAUCCCCCAGGAGCUCAGAGCCCAUCCCUCCUCCAGGGAUGUUCCUUUUGGCAAAUACACACUGUAAUCUUGAAAUCUAAAUUUCUAUGUGAAAUGCUACCUUUUUUAAAAAAAAAAAGAAAAUAAAAUUAUUUUAC